AUGGCAGAAAAGAGAAAACUCAUUCACAGGUUAACCAAAACCAUAAUGAAAUCGCACAGGAUGCGAUUGCCCAACCAUCACAACUUGCCUAUUCGUCUGCGACCAUGGUUCAUCGUCUUUACAGUGAUAAUUAUGCUCUGUUUGAUGUUCCUGGGUUUCACCGACUUCUCCCAUUCUCUCCCGCUCAAUGACAAAUUCUUGCAUUUUAUAUGCUUCCUCAUCGCGACGACGGUGUUCUACUUUAUCUUCGAUGUGGAUGAGGAAUAUCGGCGAAUCUGGUUCUGGCGGCACUCUGGCCUGAUACUCACAGGAUUUAUAUGUUUUCUCUGUGGAGGGAUUCUCAGUGAAGUCGUUCAGUCGUUGCUACCUUUCAAGGAAUUCCAAAUGGGGGACGUGAUAGCUAACUUGCUUGGCUCUGCCAUUGGUUUAUAUGCUGCAUAUCACACGGAACGCUACUACCGUCAUAGAAGAGAGAUAUCUCGAUUAUACCGACCUUUAGACACGGACGCUCUUUCCGAUGAAGAUGACGACGAUGCAUCGGGAACCCAGCUCCUUCCAACACACAAUCAUUCACAGCAGCGCAGUAAAGGUUCUUCUACUACAAGCAAAUCCGUACGAUUAGCAGACGUGUGGGACGAGCGGGAAGAGUUGUUUGGAAUUGGUGAAGACAGUGAUGUUGAUGAGGAGGAGGGUGAUUCGAAUGGAUCUGCUCCAAGCAAUACUAGAAUCACUUCUCAGACUCAUCCACCGUUGCCGAAAGUCGUAGUCACCGCGAGCAGUUCGUGA